CAGCAGCGGCUGCAGCUGUAGCGGACGCCGGAUCGAGCAGGGAAGAAAGCUAAGAUUCCACCCUGCCCACCCGUGACCGAACCCCACUCACCGCAUCCCAGAGACCAUGGCCAGCAAGAGCUUCCAAGGCCUGAAACAACAGGCAGAGGGGGCAGCUCAGGAGGCUGCGACCGCGGCAGGACAGGCGGCCCAACAGGUCGUGGACCAGGCCACGGAAGCAGGACAGAAAGCUGUGGAACAGGUAGCCAAGGCCACCCAGGAGGGAGUCGACAAGACCACGGAGCAAGCCACCGGGGCCAUUGCCGGAUUAGGGAAAAAAUGUGGGUUCAAGAAAUGAUCUGGAAAGCCCUGUAAACCACACAACCACUUCUGUCCUGCUGCCUGUAAGUUUGGAAAUGAUGCUGGGAAUUGCUAAUGGAACUGAAGCUCAGGCCUUUCAUUAAAAAUGUUCUCCCAGGAAA